CAACAUUAUGAUUCUGUGGUUCGUUCAGAAAUCUGUUAUCUAUUAAUCAAUUGUAAUAUUUUACUUUUCUCUAAACUCUUUUCUUUUAAUAUUACUUGCUUGGAUAUUCUGGUGAAUCUUCGAAGGAGGAAUGUCAGAAGAACCCAAUAAAAAGGCAGACGGUAUUUUGAAGGGCUUUCAAGUUAAUUGGAUCUGUUUGAGAGACGCAGACGGUGGAAAAAUUUUCUGGCAAGGAAACGAAGAUAUAUCCUACCCUGACAUAGAACAUGAAGCGCACGUACCCAAAUCAAUCUUGCAAUGUCGUGCAGUUUCUAGAGAGUUUAGUUUUAGUUCCAAAGAGCAGAUUGAGAAGUUCAGAUUGGAGCAAAAAGUUCUUUUUAAGGGACGUUGCCUUGAGGAAUGGUACUUCGAAUUCGGUUUUGUUAUGGCUGAAUCAACAAACACAUGGCAAUCGAUCAUGGAAGCAGCGCCGGAGAGUCAAAUGAUGCCAGCAUCAGUAUUAAAUGGAAACUUGGUAAUAGAGACGAAGUUUUAUGAUGAUGACUUACUGAUUUCCACCUCAAAAGUUAGAUUAUUCUACAUAUAAUGUUCACAAGUGAUAUUUAACAUAAGCCUAAUUAUCAUGUAAGUUUUAUUUAUUAUCGAAUUGUAUAACAGGAGAAAUGUUUCCUCUGAUGUAGACUUGAUUCUGUUUUCCACAGAUGAUUUGAAUAUACCAGUCAAUUUUUGCAAGUGCCUUGAUUAUAGUUUUUUCUCUUUUGUACUUUGUUAAUUUGUUGAAUGUCAUACUGAAAUUAAUUAUCUCUUGGAAAUAUUUUUUCUGUAGGUAUAUCUGACACAUGUGAUAUAGAUAUUGAUCAUGCAUUUAUGUUGACAUUGGUUUAUAGAAUUUUAAGUCCAAAUAUCUUAGUCAAUAAUGUGCAAACUCUUCUUUUGAUGAAAUCGAAACAUUUUUAUUGCUCAGAAAUAUUUUGUAUAACUUUCACCUUCAAGUUUCAAAACUGAGGGUUCUUAUUGUAUCAGAAUAAAUUUAUUUCACUUUGCUUGUUAGUCAUAAAAUAAUGAAUCGAAAUUAUCUUAAUGUCAAUAGAUCUCAAUGUUACAAAUUGUACUUUCAAUAGGAAUUUCAAAAGUUUGCACAGUUUUUUGCUCACAUUUAAAUGAAGCAUUCAUUUUUAUAUAGUUUUGUAUAUUGUGUAAAUAAAAACUACAAAACUAA